CGCCUGUACGCUUGUUAUUCAAAUAUAAGAGCGAAUUGAAGUGUUUACAGAUUCAUGAUGAAAUGCUGAAAUUAUUUUGUCAAUUUUGUUGUGAAAACAUUAAUUGUUGAGCAAUUAGCAGCAGUUAUCCUCAUAAACUUAGAUUCAGAAUGAAACUCGCCUUCCUCGUGUUGUCGCUGGUGGCUUUGAUUAAUAUUGAUGGUACUCAAAGUCUGAACACUACGAAACGGUACUUGAUUACGAUUAAUAUAGGAAAUGCGAAAGUUAAUAAACAGAACAGUGUAGACAGUAGAAAGAGCUUGGAACUGAUUGAGAAUACCCUGUGUAAAGCAACACCUCAGAGUAAUUCCAAAAAGCAUGUUAAGUGCUUUCUUAAAUUCAAGAUUGUUGGGGAGACUAGGGUUAUUGUUGUGGUUGAUGUCCUUGACAGUAUAGAAUUAGAAAGUCGUCUUCGAUCAUUAGUACGCUCCAGUACUUUCCGGUACGAAUCUGAACCUCUCGUAUACUACGACAGAUUUGCUAGACAAGUUCUUGGAGUUGAUCCUGCCUUGGCUGUACUUAAAGGAAAUACUCUUAAAAACACCCUGGAAGCUCUUUGGUGUGAAUUUAACAUUAAUUUCGGUGACAAAAGUGCGGCGGAAAUACUGUCUAUUUGGAAACAAGAGGCGGAGCUGGUGUUUCAGACUAGGAAAUCUGGUGUUCCGACAGAAGUAUUCAAAACACUCGGCGAAAGAACGGUACAUGUACUGGUAGAAAUAGACGCGGCGGCGUUUGAUCAGCUCUUGUUUGGAACACCUUUCAACCAGCAGAUUCCAAAUACACUAACAACCACGUGCAAAACCAUCGUCAGCUUUGAUAAUGUCCUAAACCCCAUUCCCAGGGGUUAAACUGUUCAAUGACGACCUCAAAUGCGGUUCCUCGCAAGCGUAGUCCACUGCCAUUUUUAAUCCCGUUCGAAAGUAGUUGAGAAAUAUAGCCACAUAUACCAAAUUAUUCCUUGGUCUAGAGAAAAGCAACAAUAUGUAUGUAUCUCUUCUGAGAACUGCGACUAGAUCCGGAAAUGACGUCAUCAAUAUGGCGACCGAUUACGAAAAUAAUAGUGCUGAAUAAUGUCUGAAAAAUUCAGUAAAAUUGCUUAUAAUAUCGGAUAUCAUGUCAUUAAACAAGGCAAUCGGACAUUUCAAGUAUUUAUACAUGUAUUUACACUUUUCCAGGAAAAAAAUAUUUAAUUUAUUUCAAUUGUUGAAUUUGUACCCCACCCACUGAAUUUACAAUGCAUUUUUACACGUCGCUUCUACCUCUUGAUAUUAAUUAUUUUUGACUUAUGGUGUAUAAUUUGAAAUAGGAUGAUUUCCGAAAGUUACAAGAAAUAUAAUAUACAAUGAGAGAAUAUAUGUUAUUAAUAUCUGCUUUAAAUAAGUACAUAGAAGGAAAGGAAUUUGACAAAAGUGCAGUACAAAUCAAUGUUGGCACAAGCAGUUGUCUAUGCUCUUAUUAUAAGAUUACGUGCAAAUUACAUGCAUUAUUUGCAAUUUCAUUUUGAUUAGAUUUAAGCAUGAUCAAGACGAUUAUGCUAGUAGAAGUUUAACAGAACUUUUUUUAUUAAUGCAAGUGUUAAACUUAUGAUGGUCUUCUUAGUUACUCAGAAUUACUGGUUAAUUAUAUUUAUUCAAACUUAA